UCCGAGUCUCGCGCUGUGGGGAGGAGGAGAGGACACGCUCGUGCUCAUCUAAACACUUUUACCUGUUUUCUGUGGGAUUAAAGUAUCAGCCGAAGCAGCGAGCGAUGCGCCGGAGCCCUCAGUGAGAUCAGUCUCGGAGACCGUGAGAAGAGGUGUGCGCUGGCCGGAGCGAAGGACUCGGAUCUGGACAGACUGACGGGCCGGCGCCGGAGAGCAUGACGACAGACGGGGUGAUCGUGAAGGAGGGAUGGCUGCACAAGCGAGGAGAGUAUAUAAAGACGUGGAGGCCGCGGUAUUUCUUGCUGAAGAAUGACGGUACGUUUACGGGUUAUAAGGAGCGACCGCAGGACGCCGAUCAGCUGGAGACGCCGUUGAACAACUUCUCAGUGGCUCAGUGUCAGCUGAUGAAGACGGAGCGGCCCAAACCCAACACAUUCAUCAUACGCUGCCUGCAGUGGACCACGGUCAUCGAGCGCACCUUCCAUGUGGAGACGCCCGAGGAACGGAAGGAAUGGACCAAAGCCAUCCAGGCCGUGGCCGAGCGUCUGCAGAAGCAGGAGGAGGAGAUGGAGGCGCACAUGGAGACCAAACCGCCACACAAAGUGACCAUGCAUGACUUUGAAUACCUCAAACUCCUGGGAAAAGGCACUUUUGGGAAGGUGAUUCUGGUGAAGGAAAAAGCAACGGGAAAAUAUUACGCCAUGAAAAUCCUCAAGAAAGAAGUGAUUGUAGCCAAAGAUGAAGUGGCUCACACACUCACAGAGAACCGUGUGCUCCAGAACUCCAGACACCCCUUCCUGACGGGUCUGAAAUACUCCUUCCAGACCCACGACCGGUUGUGUUUCGUCAUGGAGUACGCCAACGGAGGAGAGCUUUUCUUCCACUUGUCCCGGGACCGUGUUUUCUCGGAGGACCGCGCGCGCUUCUACGGGGCCGAGAUCGUGUGUGCGCUGGAUUACCUGCAUGCAGAGCGAAACGUGGUUUACAGGGACCUGAAGCUGGAAAACCUAAUGCUGGAUAAAGACGGCCACGUCAAGAUCACGGACUUCGGCUUGUGUAAGGAGGGCAUCACAGACGGAGCCACUAUGAAGACCUUCUGCGGGACCCCGGAGUAUCUGGCCCCUGAGGUGCUGGAGGACAAUGACUACGGGCGUGCGGUGGACUGGUGGGGUUUGGGAGUGGUGAUGUACGAGAUGAUGUGCGGUCGCCUGCCCUUCUAUAACCAGGAUCACGAGCGUCUGUUUGAGCUCAUCCUGAUGGAGGACAUCCGCUUCCCUCGCACACUCGCACCGGAGGGCAAAUCUCUGCUGUCAGGCCUGCUCAAGAAGGACCCCAAGCAGCGGUUAGGUGGCGGCCCUGAUGAUGCUAAAGAAAUCAUGCAGCACAAAUUCUUCACUGGAAUUGAGUGGCAAGAUGUUUAUGAGAAGAAGCUGGAUCCUCCGUUCAAACCGCAGGUCACAUCAGAAACAGACACCAGAUAUUUCGAUGAGGAGUUCACCGGACAGACCAUCACCAUCACACCACCGGGACAAGGUGACAGCUUGGAGCCGUUCGACAGCGAGAGGAGGCCACAUUUCCCACAGUUCUCCUACUCCGCCAGUGGAACGGCAUGAACGCGGACAUCUCCAACACUUUAGGCAGACGUUUCACACGAGGUUCACAGAAACUGCUCUGAGAUCAGCG